AUGGCGGAAACGGAGGCAUACACGGCAAGGUUUCAAGAACUGAGAAAUGAAUUUUUAGAGAAACACGCCGAUGAUAUUGCCAAUGGUGCCUAUGAUCAGAGAGAUGUACAAAAAGUACGAUCUGAUGACUUCUAUGUCAAGCUUUUUCUUCUCCAUUCAAAAGGAAGCUAUGAUUUUGCUCUUGAAGUGAUUCAUAGCAGUUUAAAGUUCAGAAAGGACUUUGGGGUUUACGAUAUCACUGAAGAUAGCUUUCCCUUGGAAUUAUGGGAAAUCGGUGGAUUAUAUGUACAUGGCAAAGACCUGAGUGGCAACCACCUCUUGUGGUUUUUAGGAAGAAAGUUUAAAAAAGGGGAUGCACAAAAACAGCUGCUUACCAAGAAAAUAAUAGUGUAUUGGCUUGAGAAGAUAAGUAUUGAACAUCCAGGUGAAAAAGUCACUGUCAUUCAGGAUGCAACACAAACUGGACUACAGAAUAUGGAUUUGGAGAUGGUCAAGUUCAUAAUCACAUGUUUCAAAUUUUACUACCCCAAUAUGUUAGGUGUUAUGCUAGUGUAUGAAUUGCCCUGGAUUCUGAAUGCUGCGUGGAAGAUAAUCCAGUCGUGGUUAUCAGAGGAAGCUAGAAAGAAAGUUAUCUUGCGAAAUAAAAGCACUAUACAGCAACAAGUAGGAGCUGAUAUCUUGCCACCAUACAUGGGAGGAAAUGAUACAUUUGAAUGGAAGUAUGUACCCACACCACCCAAAGAAUACCAAGAGAUGAUGGAAAUAUUUGAUGAAGAUGAAACUGAAAUAGAGUCUACAGAAGAUGGAGAGACAACGGUUAUAUCCAAUAAAAUUACAGAAGCACACAUAGGAAAUGAGAGUGGAAUGAAUGGUGAGAUGACAGUCAGGAGAAGGGUUCAUUUUGCUGAGGAUUCUGAGAGGCCACCAAUAGUGAAAAGUCAAAGUGCUGAUAAUAUAGAAGUCUUAUCUUCUUCACCUUCUAACACUAAAGAAGCCUUAAAUCACCAUAUUGCCAGUCCUUUGAAAACCAGGCGAUCUAAAAGAGUUGGUGACAGUGCUAAGGGGGCACAUCUUACGAUAAGCCCUGCAGAAGAUUUAGAGUUCAUUGCUACCGAACACAACAAGGAAGCCCACUCUGUUAUAUCUUUAUGUAAUAACACACAAGGACUUGUUGCAUUCAAGGUGAAGACGACAGCCCCUGAGGUAUUCCGAGUGAAACCCAGUGCAGGCACUAUAGCACCUGGAAAAUCUAAUGAUGUGCAUGUCAGUCUUCAGUCAGGUCAUGAGUAUACGGUUCGUAGAGAAAAGUUUUUAAUUUUAUCAACUCAAGUACAGAACUCUCCAAAAACACAAAGUGAAUUGCAGUCACUAUGGAAAAAAAUACCAUCUUCAAGUAUGGUAGAACACAGGUUGCGUUGUUCUUUUCGAGUGGUGCCCAUAGACAAUAAAAUAGCCAUGAAAAAACAAACAGAGGUUGAGACUUUACAGCAACAAGUGACAAAACUUUCCUCGAAGCUGGAAAAACUUGUAGACCAUAACGAGAGAAUUAAAGAGAGCUUAUCAAGUAUACUUAAACUACUCAAGUUUUUCUUUGUGUCUGGUUUUAUUCUCUUCAUGUGUGCAAUUUACUACUAUUUACGAUAUUCUGGUACGGUGCCAGACGGCAGACGAUGUCAGAGCCAAGGAACAUCAACCACACACACUGAGAAUAUCAUGUCUGAUCCAACUGUGACAAUGGGACUUAGUGGACCAUGACAAUGUCUGUCAUGAGAACUUACCAUUACAUUGAACAUUAUAAACACUAAAUAAUUUUCUGCAAUUACACCCGAUUCCAAUGUGUUUUACGGUAUGUGCUGAAAAGCUGCAAAAUGAACCAAAUAUAGAAAGGUUUAUUUUGAGGCCAUGUGUGGCCAUUCUCUUCUAUGAUAAUGUUCAGUUUAUUUACUGAAUUAUAUUCGUAAAUGCGAAAUAUAAUUGUAUCACUAUCAUAUAAAAA